CCGGCACAAUUUAAUCUUAAUAAAUUAAUUUAAUAGAGGAACAAAGCUAUAUAUAAACAUAGAUUCUUUGUGUAAUACAAUUUUAAAUGUAAUUACGUUAUAAUGCAACUAAUAAAUUGUAAUUAUGACAGCUCACUAACUUAGAGUUUUAAUGUAAUACAAAAUGACAUUUACAGUAUUUAUGAUGUAAUCUUCGCCAAAUAAAUUUUAUUACAGAUCACAAUUUCCAACAAUAUUUGCAUAACCAUGUUUUUAGUUAGUCUCGAAUGAUGUUAUUAUAUAGCACAUAUUAUUUCUGUAGGCACGUAGCAAAGAAAGUACUGUUAUGUCCCGCGUCUCGAACAGAAAUGAAGAAGCGUCGGAAACGUGCAAAAGCGACGUUGCAAUUGCGCUUGCGCCGAUCGAAUGUAAAAGAGAAAUAUGAAACACAUACACAAAAAAAAUUGUUUUAUUACGCAAAUAAUACCGUUUACCUAUGACUUAUUGAUACGGACAGUAGCUAAAUAUAUGUAAAAACUAUCAUUCGCAUGGCUAUAGUAAACUAUUGUAAUUUUAUAAAAAAAAUAGCACAUUAUUUUACAUACGCAGAAAUAGUAUUAUAAUCUAUAAUCAAACAUGCGCGUACUAAAUUUGAGUGGUAACUCGUGGAAAGAAAUUCGACACAAACGCGUUAUAACAUUCAUACCAAAAUGGCAAAAUUGCUCGAUGAAUAGAUACUAUACGAUGAACCGAAUUCUGUUACUAUGUGUUGGCUUAUGGCCGUAUCAAAAGUCUAGUUCCAAAUAUAUCAUAAUACCAUUUAUGACCAUAAUGCUUACAUCUGGCGUAAUAGCCCAGCUAAUGACUUUUGUCACAACAGAGUACAGUACAGAUAUUUUACUACAUAUCCUCACCUACACCAUUCCAUGGCUAGGCUAUACAUUAAAAUAUAAUGCACUCUGUUUAAAUAUGAAACAAAUGCGAGAUCUUAUGGAACGAGUGUGUUGUGAUUGGAAUGAAUUAAACAACAUACAAGAAAUUGAAAUAAUAAAAGAAUAUUCAGCUUUCGGAAGAUUUAUUACAUUAGUUCUAACAUUGUUUAUGUAUACAUGUAUUUCUUGCUUCAUUCUGGUACAGUUUCUAUCAAAUAUUCUAAUAGACAUCAUGUCCAGUAAAAAUGAAUCUCAUUUACGACAAUUUCCAAUCCUAAUUGAAUGUUUCAUAGAUCAACAGAAAUAUUUUUUUCCAAUUUUGUUGCAAUUAUGUGUUGUUGUCAUAUGUGGUCUAACCACAGUACUAGCUGCUGAAACGAUUAAUAUGUUAUAUACACAACAUGUUUGUGGAUUGUUUGAAAUAGCUAGCUACCGCAUAGAACAAGCAUUACACCCAGAUAUUAUACAAAGUAUUGCACCGACCAAAAGAAAUUCAAUGAUAUAUCAAGAAAUAAUCAAUGGAUUUAAUAUGUAUAGAAGAGCAACCGAAUUUAUGGACUUAUUGAAGAUAAAUAUUAAACGAACAUAUUCAUUACUAUUACCCUUAGGGGUACUGUCGCUGAGCAUUAACCUUUACCGCUUUUCUCGAUUAAUAGACUCUAAAGACUAUUAUGAGAUGAUUGUUAGUUUUAUAUUCAUUAUUGGCCAUUUUGGAUACAUGUUAUUUGGUAACUAUUUAGGACAGAAAAUAAUCGAUCAUAGCAGCGAUAUUUUUUACAAAACAUAUAAUGUGCAAUGGUAUACAGCUCCAUUGCGAGCGCAGAAGUUAUUGCUGCUUGUAAUGCAAAGGGGCAUGCGACAUUGCACCAUCGUUAUUGGUGGUUUGUUUAUUCCGUCGUUCGAAGGAUUUGCCACACUUACAAGUAUGUCAAUUUCAUACUUUGCGAUGAUUCUUUCCCUCUUCUGAUUAUCGACAUAAGAUAGAAAUCGAAGCUUGAACCUCCGAUGCAAGUAGUUACAGCAUUCUUGUAGUAUACGCUUCAAAUAAAAAUAUAAUGCUACAGAUGCAAUUAGUAUAAAAUGUAUUGUUGCAUAUAAAAUAAAUGUAGGAAUAUGUUCUAUUAUUAAAUAUUACUUAACUUUUUAAUUUUUGUUCUACUGUUUCAAUUAGAAUACUAUUACCGUCUCGUUUUCCAUUAUAUUCAGAGUGACAUAAGAAAAAGUUUUUUAUUUUUACAAGAAAAUGAUUCUGACGGCACAACAUAAACGCAAAAACUUGCGUCAAAAAAUGAAAAAGAGCGAACCAUUAUUAUACAAUAAUAUCAUCAUUAUUAUGAUUCUUAAACUUCAAAAUCUACGUUUUUUUAGAUUCUUAUAUUAUUUAAUCUUUAGAUAAGAGGAUUUAACUAUUAAAUUGAAAACAGAAUAUAUAUAUCUAAAUGAUAUAAAUAUUCUUAAAUGAGAUUCUUUUCAUGUAAUUUCAACAUUAUAUUUUUCUCGUUGAUUUCAUCUUUAAUUUGAACUCAUUAUCCCUUUUAUUUUUGAAAACCAUAAUUUCUGAUUUAAUAAGUAAAAUUUACUUACAAAAUAAUUUUGAAAGAAAUAAGUUAUGUUUUCUUUAUUCAUCGUGUAUGUUUUUUUCAGAUAUUUCUGAAAUAACAAUUAUUAUUAUUAUAGAAAAGUCAUCAACAUAAGUUUUUUUAAUUUCCGAGAAAUAAAGUGGCACUGCUUUAUUUGUCAGAAAUGGAACAUUUUACUUUAUUAAUAUUGAUAAAAAACAUAAUCUAAUUUUAUAAUUUAAAAAGUAUAAAAACUCAUAACUUACAUAUUCCUAUCUUUUUUCUACAUAAAAUCUACUAAAAACUUCAAAAUCAAGAAUAACGUUUUUACUAAAACAAAAUUUAACAUUUUGAUUGGCUAUAGAUUAACUAUUUUUAACUAUUUUAGAAUUUUUGCUGUAUUGUUUUCAGCAACUAUAAAGAUCUAGGUAUAUAUGUACUAACUUAAAUGUGAAUACAACAAAAUUUAUAGCAUCGCGAAAAAGAAAUUUUUACAAAAAUAACAUACCAAUUUUAAAAGAGGAUAAAGAAUUUUAAGGCUACUUAUAUUAUAAUACAACGCAUUGCAUCAUAGUUAAGACAGCUUACUAAAUUAGAGUUUUGAUGUAAUCCAUAAUAAAUUUUUACUAUACUGAAUAUAAUUUUUAGAUUAUAUUUUUUAAUAAUUAUCGUAUAACAAUCUUUCUAAUUAGUCUUAAUUAAUAUUAGCAUACAUUACUUCCAUACGCUCUACAAAGAAAACACUGUAACAUUUCGCGUCUCGAAUAGAAAUGAAGAUACGUCGGAAAGCGACUUCUCAAUUGCGCUUGCGCCGAUCGAAAAGAGAAAACGCAGGAAAAUUAACGUAGGAAAAAAAA